GUUUCAACCCGCCGUUAAAUGCAGAGAAGAAGAAGCUGAAGCUGUUUGUGUUUCCGGGUCAGUUUGGUUUCGAUGACGUUCUUCUCCGUGUUUCCAGCUGCUGUUUAAUCAAACGCACCGACAGUCGGUAAGUCGGAAGUGCUGCGACCUUUGACCUGACAGCUGACCUGCUGACUCACUGAGCGCGCUCAGUAGGGGGGUUCCCCUCUACACACACAGAGAUCUCUGUUCUAACACACACACGUAGCCGCUGCGACCGCCAUCAUGGUGUUAGCCGACUUGGGGAGGAAGAUCACCUCGGCGCUGAGGUCGCUCAGCAACGCCACCAUCAUCAAUGAAGAGGUGUUGAACGCCAUGUUGAAGGAGGUGUGUGCUGCUCUGCUGGAGGCCGACGUCAACAUCAAGCUGGUCAAACAGCUCCGAGAGAACGUCAAGGCUGCCAUAGAUCUGGAGGAGAUGGCUUCUGGUCUGAACAAGAGGAGAAUGAUCCAGCACUCCGUCUUCAAAGAGCUCGUUAAGCUUGUGGACCCCGGUGUGAAGGCCUGGACUCCCACUAAAGGACGGAACAACGUCAUCAUGUUUGUUGGUCUGCAGGGCAGCGGGAAAACUACAACCUGCUCCAAGCUGGCCUACUACUACCAGAGGAAAGGCUGGAAGACCUGCCUGAUCUGUGCCGACACCUUCAGAGCCGGUGCCUUCGACCAGCUCAAACAGAACGCCACCAAAGCCAGAAUCCCCUUCUACGGCAGUUACACAGAGAUGGAUCCGGUGGUGAUCGCUGCAGAGGGAGUCGAGAAGUUCAAAGGUGAGAACUUUGAGAUCAUCAUCGUGGACACGAGCGGACGACACAAACAGGAAGACUCGCUGUUCGAGGAGAUGCUGCAAGUCUCCAACGCCGUGCAACCUGACAACAUUGUGUACGUGAUGGACGCGUCCAUCGGCCAGGCCUGCGAGUCUCAGGCGAAGGCCUUCAAAGACAAAGUGGACGUGGCGUCUGUGAUCGUCACCAAGCUGGACGGCCACGCCAAAGGAGGCGGAGCUCUGAGCGCUGUGGCGGCCACCAGGAGUCCCAUCAUCUUCAUCGGAACCGGAGAGCACAUCGACGACUUUGAGCCGUUUAAGACUCAGCCGUUCAUCAGCAAACUGCUCGGGAUGGGAGACAUCGAGGGUUUGAUCGACCGAGUCAACGAGCUGAAACUGGACGACAACGAGGAGCUGAUCGACAAACUGAAACACGGCCAGUUCACCCUCAGAGACAUGUACGAGCAGUUCCAGAACAUCAUGAAGAUGGGGCCCUUCGGACAGAUCAUGGGGAUGAUUCCUGGUUUCGGAACAGACUUCAUGAGUAAAGGAAACGAACAGGAGUCGAUGGCCAGACUGAAGAAACUGAUGACCAUCAUGGACAGCAUGAACGACCAGGAGCUGGACAGUAAGGAUGGAGCCAAGCUGUUCAGUAAGAUGCCUAACAGGAUCCAGAGAGUAGCUCGGGGCUCUGGCGUCGCCACCAGAGACGUCCAGGAGCUGCUCACCCAGUACACCAAGUUCGCCCAGAUGGUGAAGAAGAUGGGGGGCAUCAAGGGGCUGUUCAAAGGAGGAGACGUUUAGAUUUUAAGAG